GCCCGCUGCCGGCCCCUGCGGCCGGGCCCCGCGGGCACCCCGGCGGCCCGCUCCCCGUGCACGCCUGCGGAGCCGUGUCCCCUGCUAUGAUGCCAGGGCAGAUCCCCGACCCGUCGCUGACGGCUGGCGCGCUGCCUGGGCUCGGCCCCUUGACGGGACUGCCUGGCACCGCCCUGACCGCCGAGGAGCUGAAGUACGCCGACAUCCGCAACAUCGGGGCCAUGAUCUCGCCGCUCCACUUCCUGGAGGUGAAGCUUGGGAAGAGGCCCCAGCCCGUGAAAAGUGAGCUUGAUGAGGAAGAGGAGAGGAGGAAAAGGCGCCGGGAGAAAAACAAGGUAGCAGCAGCGCGAUGUCGUAACAAGAAGAAGGAGAGGACAGAGUUCCUGCAGCGGGAGUCUGAGCGUCUGGAGCUCAUGAACGCGGAGCUGAAGGCCCAGAUAGAAGAGCUGAAACAAGAGAGGCAGCAGCUGAUCCUGAUGCUGAACCGGCACCGUCCAACCUGCAUCGUGCGGACAGACAGCAUCAAGACACCCGAGAGCGAAGCCAACCCGCUGCUGGAGCAGCUAGAGAAGAAGUGAAGGUGGCACUGGGCCAGGAGGAGGAGACAGUGGCGCAGGGUCUUCCAGGGUCUCUAAUGUAUGUACUGUAUGAAGAACUGUGCACCGAGGCCUGGUGCAUCCAGGACCCAGUGGGCUUCCUUGGGAACUAUGGACCAAACAAAUUUGGGGGCAGAGAAGAUUGGGAACCUGUCAACCGUCUACUCUGAGGCUGAACCCGGGAGCAGGGCUAGCAGCGCGGGCGAGGGCAACCUCUCUGUGAUACCUCAUCGCGGCCCUUCGGCCUGCUCGCGGCCCCGGGGACCCACGGCAUGGCGGCAUGUCCUGCGAGGAGGAGGAGAGGAGGAGGCACGGGAGGAGCUCCCGCUUCGCCUUCUCUCUUCCCCACAGCCCCUCAGCAUGUCCGUGGGGAGCGGGGCCCGCAGGCAGGAGGGACGGCGGCAGGACAGCGGAGCGGUGCCUGCAGCACUCCCGCCCCGCUGCGUGCCGGAGCCGUCCCCGGAGGCUGCCGCCGCUCCUGGCGCACACUCCGCACGGAAACCCCAACCGAAGAACCGCAAACACUUGACGCGGCCCCGUCUGGUGGGCAGGCCUGUCGGGGCUCGGUGGCGCAGGCGCCCCCCACAAGCACACUCUCAGUAUAAUGUUUACAGCCCAGCUGUCCGCGUCGGCCGUGCUUUUGAAUGCACAUUUUUACACUUUUUUUAAGAUAUUUUUUACAAAGUUUUUAUACAGCGAUCUCUAUAUGGAUUUAUAUAAUCACUAGAUGUGAUCCCAUAGAAAUGUAUGUUAUGAUGGUCUGUUUGUUACAAAUGCAUAUGCCACAGUUAUCUCCAUUGUGUUACUUGUCCGGCAGCGUCCGGCUCCUUCCCCCAGCAUGCUGGGAAGGGGGUCCAGCAGCCCUCUGCAGUGGUGUCGCUGCCGUCUCCAUCCAUGUAUGUCCUUCAUAAUACUCAGUUCUGUAUCUCUCAGUAAAUGUUACCUUUACAUA